AUGGGCUCGCCAUUCCCAAAGUCCUCGUCGGCUGCUGGGGAGGGCGAAAUCGUUGCUCAGUUAUUGCCAAACGGGCUCUCGGGCUUGCAGGCCAUGUCAUACCAGUAUCCACUGAAACUCAUCUCCCCCUCCCCAGCGGCCGACCAGAAAUGUGUCCUGGUGUUCCUCUUGUCUUACGGCGGCGGACUCGUUGGAGGCGACAGCGUGAACCUGUCUAUGCGUGUGCUCCCACAUGCGAAGCUCGGUGUUGUCACCCAGGGUCACACCAAGAUCUUCAAAUCACCGUCUCCUGACGUCGUCACGCGCCAGAAGCUCGAGGUCAACAUUGGCGAAGAGGCCGGUCUCUGCCUCCUGCCUGAUCCUGUGCAGCCCUUUGACGGAAGCGUAUACGAACAAACUCAAAUCUUUACAGCAGCACCGACUGCCUCUCUGUGUCUGCUGGAUUGGGUGACACAAGGCAGAACGGCGCGAGGCGAGGAUUGGAGUUUCGUCAAAUGGUCUGGGCGCAACGAGAUUUGGUCCUCUUCAGAGACCCCAGGAAGCAAGAAGCGUCUGCUCGUGAGAGACACAGUCAUUUUGGACAGGAGCAGCCAGGGCAUGGUCGGGAGAUCAUUGCGAGAAUCGAUGCAUGGCAACGGGUUGUUUGGUACUCUCAUCCUUCGCGGCCCGCAAAUGCAGUCUGUUGGCAACUUUUUCCUUGACGAGUUUUCAGCACUACCCCGCUUGGGCGCAAGAGAUUUCAGGUCUGCAGAGGUGCGCGCGGAAGAGGAAAGCAAUCUGAGCGAGGCUGAGUUAUGGCGACUGAAGCGCAUAGAAAUGGAAACGAAGCAGAGCAUCUUGUGGUCAGCGGCCAGAGUACGGGGUUGUGUCAUUGUCAAGUUUGGAGCGAGCACUGUCGAGGCCGGCCGCUUGUGGAUUGGAAGCAUGUUAUCCCGGGAAGGCAACAUUACCAGAAUCUUCGGAGACCAAGCGUUGAUGUGUGUGAAGUGA